AUGCAACAAGAUGUAGAAAGUGCUUCUGUUCGGCCCUCUAAUAUGAACCUAGGAGGCGGAUCACGGCUAUUUCUAGACGACAACAUUUACAAAAUAGAGGAUCUCCAAGAUGCCUCAAAGAAAACCUCAAGGGAGAUGGACAAUACCGCAUUAAAACUAUAUGCUUCUUUUGGAUUCGAAGCUACCAGAAAGUCACAUCUCCACUUUCUGGACGAGACUACUCUCAUGUCGGCUGUUGGAAACGUUCUGGUCUUUAUAAACCUAAAAAACAUGCAACAAACCUACUUUGAAGGUUUCAGGGACGGAGGAAUUGGUGCUAUGGCUUUACACCCAAGUCGUAAACUCAUUGCAGUCGCAGAGAUUCAUGAGCCAACACCUAGGAUAUAUCUCUUGGAGUAUCCCUCUCUAGACGUCCGACGUGUCUUAACGGGUGGUGCAGUCCGUGGAUAUUCCGCAAUCUGUUUUGAUUCUACUGGAGAAAGGUUGGCCUCAGUCGCCACAGAUCCAGAUUAUACACUGACAAUAUGGGAUUGGCAACGCGAAAUGGUCGUGCUUCGUAGCAAAGCGUUUGCUCAAGACGUAGCCAAUGUAGCAUUCGCACCAUCAUCAAACCAACUCACUACGUCUGGAUCUGGACAUAUAAAGUUUUGGCGUGCUUCCUCAACAUUCACAGGUCUCAAACUUGUCGGACAAUUGGGCAAGUUUGGAGCUACAGAACUGUCAGAUAUAGCAUCAUUUUCUCAAUUUCCAGACGGAAAAGUUCUGUCUUCCACUGAAUUCGGAAACUUGCUUUUAUGGGAGGGCAAUACUAUAAAAUGUGAAAUCAUGCUGAGAGGCAAGAAGCCAUGUCAUCAGGGACAAAUUCAUAGUGUUAUGAUGGAAGAAGGUGAAGUUCUUACAGCUGGUGAUGACGGGUUCAUAAGGAUGUGGGAUUUUGAGACUAUUGAUGGUGCUGAUGUUUCAGAUGAUCCGCCUGCUGCUGCAGCACCAGCGAGUUCUGGUGAGAAUGGUGUGGCUGGAGGCGGGAAUGCACCUGUAGCUGUGUCGUCUGUGCAGGCUAGAAUAUUUGAGAUUGAACCUCUGGACGAAAUUUUGAUUGGUAAAGACGUUCAGAUUAAAGCCAUGGCACGAUGUUUAGGCCCUGGUAGUAACGACUAUAUUGUGUUGGAUUCAUGUGGAGCUUUAUAUCGUGUCGACAUUCGAAAACACAGUGUUGACCGUUUAAUGUCCUUCCAUUCGGGUGCUAUACAUGGACUCGAUGCAUCACCACUUCUACAUCAUAUAUCUAGUAUAGGUGUAGAUGGUACAAUUCGAGUGUAUGAUCUAAUAGCUCGGACACUCGCUGACCGAAUCAAGUAUCCAGCGGGAGGUAGCUUCUUGGCAUAUCUGCCUCCAAGUCUAGAUGCAGCAGGUCGAACACUCGUAACUGGAUUUGAAGAUGGUGUCAUGAAAAUAAUGUCGCAUGGUACAGCUGGACUGGCACCAGGUGCAGACAAUAAUGCUCCAUCAAAUGCUACCUUAGGACAAUUCACCCUUCAUUAUGUAUUUAAACCACAUACCAAACCUAUAACUCAAAUAUCAGUGUCCGUGGACGGCACCUUCCUGGCUUCAGCGUCACUGGACAAGACGGUCUUCUUCUUUAGACUGAAACGGGAUUCAGCUCUAGAUAGAGACACGCUAGUGUUUUCACGAGAUUCGGUUAGCGUAACCCUCGUUGGAUUUAUAGAACUCGACGCUGCUCCAACAUGUAUAACAUUCUUGUCUGGGUCUAGUAAUGGAGAUGAGCUGGCAACAGAUUCAGCCGCCGAUCUGGAACCGCCGACUUUGCUGAUUGUUUUGGAAGACGGUCGUUUAUGUACCGUGAUACCUCCAAUUGCUCCCAUUAGUGAAAAUCCGGUAACAUACAGGCUUCCAAAGUCUGUCGAAGUCAUGCCAUGGGUUUUAGAUAUACCAGUGGUGCCUGGAGCUGUAAUUCCAGACACUAUAGCAGUGGAGGAAGUAGAAGAUGUUAGUGGUGAACAAGGUGAUGAAACCCAACCAGAUGAAAUCGCAGAAGUUGUUGAAGCUGUCGCUGCACCACCUGAACGUCUUUCAACUACUCGUAAACUACGAGGUUUAGGACUACCACCGGCUCCUCGAGUCACAUCAGCUGUAGCCCUUGAUGGAGGACUAUUUGUACUAGCUCUUAUAAAUAGUGCCAACGAAGGCGAAAUCCGAAGCUGCCGCCUGUCGACUCCCAACACAUCGCGAUUGCUAUUAGUCCAUACCAGCUCCUUCAGCAGUGUCAAAAUAUCGACAUCUGGACGAUACUUGAUAGCUACUUCACUUGACGGAACCACUGCCAUGCGACCAAUAGAAGGCAAUGAUCUUGUCCCGAAUGAAGGAUGGCAAGCUGGUCAUGAAACGUAUGCCCAAGCUGCUGAGAUUGCUGCGUCAAAUAAUUCUACCACUGGAACUGGAGAUUGGUGGUAUGGACAUGCGCAUGGUGUUCGUGGUGUGAAGUGCAUCACUUCUACUUUUGAUGAUGCCUUCUUGUGCUCUGGUGGUGAAGAAGGUGGUAUUUUUGUCUGGAAGGUUCUUGAUGAGGAGGUUCGAGAAAAUGAAGCUUUUGACGAUGGUGCAGACAGAGCUGAAUGGGAGGGCAACGCGACCUCUGAGGAGGAUGGCGUUGAAGAUAUUCUGGAUCCAAAGGCCUACAGUAUUGAAGAAGCCAAAGUCAAAUCUGGAAAGGAUAAAGAGUUGCAAGAUGCGGAGCUCAAGAAACAGAUGACUCGAGAGCAAAUACUGGAACUUCGCAACGAAUUCCAGAAACUUGUUACCGAAAACGAAAAGGCCCCAGCUGGUCAACAAAUUGAGAUUGAAGACUUAAUUGUCGAUCCGUAUCUCAAUUCAGAAAUGGAAGAAGAUGCUCGACGUAAACUCCGUGAAGUUGAGCUUGAAUUGGCGUGGGCUGCUGAGAAGGAGACUAUUGGAGUCAAUAAGCUUAAAGCCAAGUUUAUUGAUCCUUUGCAGACGGAAAGGGUCCAAAUUUCGUCCUUCAAGACACAUCAUAUCAUUUCGACCUUCAGAACCGUCAAAUUGGUAGCAGCAGACGAAGAUUUGGGAGGGUCGCCGGAAACUAGGGAUAGACAUGGGACAGCAGUUGGUGGUCCACCACGCACCGCAACAUUUAUACCAGCCAGUCGAGAUCACGAAGGCAAUCAUGGUCCAACAAAAAAGAUCUCUAGCAAGGCCGCGGCAGUAUCUAAACUUGAAGCACGUAAAGCUGCACGAGCCGAACGUGUAGCUCUAUGGAAGGAACUCAUGGCAUCUCAGCCUGACGAAAACCAAGAAGAUCGUCGAGAUGUCGCAGCAAUCAAAAAAGCUGAAAUCACCAUGGGUGACUUUAAACUCAAGACGGGUGCUGACUAUGCUGUUCCUGAGCAUGAGCGUACUAACGCAGACAAGAAGAGGCGGCAGGCUAAAUUGUUGAGGCAGUCUGUGUUUGAUAUCAAGGAGCAAUUCAACCAACAAGUAUUUGAAAUGCGAGAUCAAAAGAUUGAUUUGAUUGGCAAGAUCAAUCGUUGGAAUCAAGAGUUGAUUACUAUUGAUCAGGAGUUGGAUAAACUUGGGCAGAAGCGCGGAGGGCCUAUCGUUCAGCUUACCAUGGAGGAAACGGCAUUUCCAAGUCGUCGCAACAAUGUCACUGCCGAAGACAUUGCAGCUCUCAAAAUCGAAGAAGCGAAAGCUGCUUCAGACAGUCGUGGAGGUGAUCCACUCGGUGGAUUUGGCGAUGGUGGAGGAGGAGCCAAACCUCCAGCACAAGCAGCUACAUCGUCAGAGGCUACUACGAAUGUGAAGCCUGUCGAUGCUUCCGCGUCCGAUUCUUUGGGCUCGGAAGAGAUACUGGCAAGAUCGAAUCAGCCACGUACUAUUCUCGAGCGUCGUGAAGAGGAAUUGAAGGUUACCAUGUUACUGUAUCGACGUGAUCGAAUCAACAAAGCCAUUCAAGAUGCUAUAAGCAAGUUUGAUACACAGUUGCAAGCUCUGCACAAGGAAAAGCUUACCUUGGAAGGAGACAUGAAAUUCGCUGAGAUGAGGUUGCUCUUGCUGCAACGAGAAUGGAGGUUGCUGAAAGAAUUAGAGCAGUUUGAUAACGAGUAUGUCGAGAAGCUCCAAAUUCGUCAAGCUGAAAAAGAUGACAUUGACUCCAAGGUUCAAGAAUGUCAAGAGAAACUUGCGUCAAAGAAGCAAGAAGUAGAAGAUGCCAUUCAACAUGAACGAGAGAUUCAAGAGGAGUUUGCUGCCACGUUAGGAGAGAAUAAUCGACAUGAAGAGAUCUUGACCAAGAUUUUCAAAAAGAAGAUUCGUCGCUCCAAGAAGAAGCAACAAGCAAAAACAAAUCAAGACGCACCUUCCGAUGACAGUGAAUCAGAUGUCGACGACUAUGAUUACGAUGACGCCAUGUCUGAUGAAAACAUGUCUGACUCUGGUGAACAGGCAUCGUCAUUUGUUCCUGAUGCCUGUCCGCCCUACUGCGAGGUGGCUCUUUACAAUAAGGUUUUGGAGCUACGGGAGAAGCGUCUUGAUCAAGAGGAUGGAAUGGCUGAGAUACAGAAAGCUAUAGAUGCAUUGAGAAAAGAAAACGAGGCUUUAAUGAAGAAGGAGAAGGUCAUUGAUCAAGCUCUCAAGUUGGCUGCUAAGGAGAUUGAGGACUUCCAAACUCAGAAACAACAUAAGCUGAAUGAGCUUGAUGUUAUUGUUCCUCUGGCGCUACAUCAAAUCAUGUUUGGUGACAAGCCUGCUAUUCCAACCGACUUGUCAACUGCACUCGUUUUCCUCAAAUCUGGUUUAACCAAGUUGCGGAAUCGGGUUGGAGAGAUUGAGCAGGAAAAAGCUGAAAUUCGUAUGCAACAUCAAGAACUUAAACGUCAUCACGUCAGUUUGGUUCGUAGUAAACGUGAAAAGGAUGCCAAGCUUCAAGAAUUGGAGACACGUACAAACGAUGUCCAAAUCCUCAAAUUUGGUCGUGUCGUUGACGUUGAAAAGCUUGAAAAGAUGGGAGUCAACAAGAGUGCGGAAGAUAUGAAAGAUAAAUUGAGUCGAGAAGAUCGAAAGAGGUCGUUAGAAGUAGCUGCUGUACAGAUGGAUAUGGAUCGUUUGAAGCAACGCUACACUGAUCUAACAAAGCAAAACACUGAACGAGUCGAGUCUUUGAUGGAGUUGACCAAGGGUUUGAAGCAACUAGAAGAUGCGCUGAAUUCAAACCAAGGAUCUAUGGCUGGCACAUUCCCUGGUAGCCAUAACCGUAAAGAAGCUGAGCAAGAAAAGCUGCAAAAACUUGUUGCUCAACAAGGGGCUCAAUUGGAACAAUUACGAACAGAGGUUGAAUUCUUGCUUCGCAAACCUCUUCAUUUACCAGUCUUGUCAAAGAACGCGAAUUCAACGGUAGCUGCUCGACCGGAACUACCGGUUGCUCCACCAGCAGAGUGA